GUACCUGCGACCUGUGGUGUUGACAUUUGUUUGACUAGUCUCAGACUAGUACCUGUGACCAGUGGUGUUGACAACUGUUUGACUAGUCUCAGAUUAGUACCUGUGACCAAUGCAGUUCAGUGUCGUUGACAACUGUUUGACUAGUCUCAGACUAGUACCUGUGACCAGUGGUGAUAACAACUGUUUGACUAGUCUCAGACUAGUACCUGUGACCAAUGCAGUUCAGUGUCGUUGACAACUAUUUGACUAGUCUCAGACUAGUACCUGUGACCAGUGGUGUUGACAACUGUUUGACUAGUCUCAGACUAGUACCUAUGACCAAUGCAGUUCAGUAGUGUUCACAACUGUUUGAGUAGUUUCAGACUAGUACCGGUACCUGAAUGAUAUUUAGUGGUGAUUACAACUGUUUGACUAGUCUCGGACUAGUACCUGUGACCAGUGGUGUUCAGUCGUGUUGACAACUGUUUGACUAGUCCCAGUUUACUGGCUAUAUAACCUGCAUCUCAUUAAUGUGUACAACUUGACUAGCCUCAGAGCAGUAGCUGCAGCUGAAACUGACAGCCAACUGGCUUUGUUUCCAACCAUGACCAGGAAAUAGGAGAGAACUGUUGAGAAGCCAUAGUUGGUCGUUUGGAGAUACUCUGAUUUACUGUUUGUCAUCAGCAUGGUCAAAAAAGACUUGAAACAAAUAUUGCAUUGGACAUGUUGGAAGAUAAAACAUUCAAGUUUGGAACCUGUCUGGCAGUGAUUGGGAUCAUUGUCAGACUAAGCUACACAGAGAAAAAAGUUUGAGAUUUUUCAUUUUUCGAUGUUCAUCAUUGCAAGAACUUAUCACUGAAGAAUUGUUAUCAGGCUCCAUGCUGUUAUGUUUGGCCAAAUUCAGGGAUUCAGUAGGAUUCCCAGUUAAAUCCAGUAAGGACUUGUGAACUGCCCCUUUCAACAUUCAAUAGAGGAAAUUCUUUAGUGGAGUGGUGAAAUUCUAAGCAUGGAUUCACGGUGGAAGUAGGCAGUGUUGUCUAAUAAUACUUGGUAUCGAUGUGAAAUAUUCAUGUAGAGUUCAUGUAGGUAAAUGUGAAGGUUUGAGUCAAGGUAAUGUGACAUUUGCAAUUCAUGAGCUGCCAGUGAGAUGGAAACGUUUUGUGGUCGAUUUGGAGAUACAUGCUUCUGCUACUGCUGAGGGGAUGUCAACUAAAUUCAGUGCCAACCCAGAUCUGCUGCCGAGAUCAUACAUUUGGCAAUCACCGGAAAUAUCAAGAUGGAUCCAUUCCUGUGGUAACAAAACAGAACAAUGGGCGGAUGUCUCCAAUCAGAGCUCGCACCAUGAAGGAGUACGACCAGCAAAUUGCAGAGCUGAAGAAGGAGAAUUUCAGUCUGAAGCUGCGAAUCUACUUCCUGGAGGAACGUAUGCAGCAGAAAUUUGGGGAUGGGGAGGAUGUCUUCAAAACAAACAUAGAGCUGAAGGUCCAAGUGGAGAGUCUGAAGAAGGAGCUAAUGGACAAACAGGAGCUGCUCAAGAAGGCCAGCACGGCCAUGGAGAGCCUGACCAGCAACCAUGAAACAGAACUGAACCAGAUCCGCAGUCAGAUGCAGCAGGAGAGGAAUAGGGAGUCAGUGCCGCUGUUGGAGGAGUUGCGAGAGACGCAGCAGAAGAUGAGGAUGAUGGAGCAUGAGCUUCAGCUCCACAUGGAUUCUCUCAACACAGCACACGCCGCCGCCCACAAACACACUCAGGAAGUACAGAAACUCCAAGAGAUGGUGGAUGCCAAAGAAAAAGACAUAGGGGAACUUUCUGGGAAACUGGAGGCAGAAGCUGAACGAGCACAUCAGUUGGACACCAGACUGUCAGAGACUGGCCAUGAGAGACAGGACCUGCAGGGCAGACUGGACCAUCUGCAGAAGGAGCUUGACCGACGUGACCGAGACAUGCUGCAACUGUCUAGCGCCCUGAAGGAAGCCCGCACUGUGGACUCCGACUCCUUCUUGGCUCAGAACCACCUCCAGGAUGUGGUGGACGACCAACAAGAGAAUCUGGGCAAACUCCAGGACAGGCUGGACAACCUGCAGAGUCAGUUACAGGAUAAAGACAACACCAUAGGGAAACUUGAAGAUGCCUUGAGGGACAAAGACGAGAAAAAUAAGGACCUGGAAAAUAAACUCCGCCCUCUGGAACGAGACAUCAGCCGUCUUGAGGAGAACAGUCUCAAGAGGGACAAGACCAUACAGGGGCUGGUGGUCGCCCUGCACGACAAGAACAAGGAGUCGGCCACCCUGGAGGAGCACCUGCUGAAAUCGGAGGAAGACUUGAAGAAACUCCGAGCAGAGCUACAUGAAGCCAGGAUGGCAAGACACCAGGCCGAGGAGACCUUUCAGACAGACAUGGACGGCACUGAUGCUAAAAUAGCCCGGCUUGAGCAAACUCUACGAGAAAAUGAACUCCAGCUUGAGAAUCUGAUGCGUGCUCUGGGCAAGAAGGAUGGUGAGCUGGGCAACUUCAAGGACUUGCUGGGCAAGGCAGAGAAUGCCCUCCAACAGAGUGAAAAGUCCCUCGAGACUCUCCAGGAGCAGCUGCAGCAGGAGAGAGACCAGGCCCAGGACAGACUGGACGGACAGGCACAUCACUACAAGCGUCUGCUGGAUGAUGCACAGAACGAGGUGAAGAUGAAGGGAGACUUGCUGAAGGUCCUGGAGGAUAGACUAAAGGACAAGGACAAGCAGCUGCAGGAGUAUGUCGGACUUCUGUCCCAGGACGGCCAGGUUGGUGUGGGCGACCUGCACAAGGCUCUGGCAGAGAAGAACCAAGAGUUGAGGAACUUGAAGCAGAAGUUGGCAGGGCAUGACGCCGACUUGGAGGACACCAAACGCCAGCUGAAGGCAGCAGAAGACGCCCUGCAGGCACUUGAUGGUGAGACAGGGGACAGAGACAGUUACGUCCGACAACUGACAGGACAACUCAGGACAGCACAGCAGGAACUUGAGGCUGCUGUGGACGGUCAAGCAAGGAUGAUGGAGGACAAGCGGAGGGCUGUCAAACACCUGGAGGCACUAUUGGCUGACAAGGAUGCAGCACUACAGGAUGCACUGGAGUACAACGGUGGUGAUGGCAGUCGUCUCCGUCUUCUCCGGGAUCAGCUGCGAGAGAAGGACAAGCUCCUUGAGGAGCUGAUGGCAGAGAAGAACCGGAGUGUCCUGGAGAGUGAACGUGCCAACCGCAACCUUCUGCACGAGUUGAAGGAGAGGCAGAGUGGCACCGAUGACAUGAAGCUGUACCAGCUUCUGGCAGAGCAGCUGCAGGAGAUUCGACACCUCAGUGACAUGCUGCUGAAGGAGAAACAGAUCUUCAUCACCCUUAACCAGGAGGGUAGGACCAGCACAGCCAGUGAUGUGCCGCAGCCAGACCGUUCCGAGGCCUUCCUGACAGAACUGGGGGCAGUGCAAGCCUUGAGGCAGCAGUUGCAGGAGGGCGUCGAGAGGAACAACAACCUCCGUGUCAUCCUUGAGCACCAGAUCACCGGACCAGCACCAGCUCCGCCUCCUGGACACUCCACCUCAGACAACCACUAUUCAUCAUCAACUACUGAAGAACGGCACCACACCAACAGCACACAUCACAGUCCCAUCUGGGAUGAUGGUGGUAGUUCUCUGAGGACAAGGUCACAGUUUGUGGAUGCCCAGACGUCACCUGUCCCCAAUGGGCCGAGUCCCGGUGAGAGUGGUUACCACGAUCUAACAGACGCUCACUCGUCACCAUUCCACCGAGUCAGCACGCAUGACCAGGCAGUGUCUGCAUCUCCAGACAUAGACCACCAUGAGGUGCAGUGUUCCGCAACAGGAAGGGAUCUCCUGCCAGAAGGGCAGACAACUGUGGGUUCUGGCAUCACCAAGUGUGUAGGGACUUCCCCCUGGGCAGACCAUCGCAGUGUUCAAACGUCACCUCAUCGUCCUUACAGCACACAGAAUAGAUCAACAUUGACGUCACCACAUGCAACAUAUCACAGUGUUCAAACUUCUCCGCUAGCCCCCAACAGAACUGUGUCUCCAGAAACCAGGUUAUCAUCGGGGUCUGAGAACAAACGACCAGUCCACCGAUCUCCACCAUCUUACAACGAUGUUCAAACAUCACCCAUUGCCACGUUGAACAAUUCUGUGUCACCAAUAGGAAUCUUACCAACGACAGAAGCCUCUAGUAUUGACUCAGAAUCUUUGUCCAAAAUGUCGUCCUCGAUGUUACGAAAGUUGGUGCAGCAGCUGCAGGAGGAUCUGGUGGCUGCUCUGAAACAGAACAAUGACCUCCAGGGGCAGGUGUUUGGAGAGUGUGAGACACGUGAGAUACCAGGACGCAAUGAGGCAGACCCAACCGUCGCAGACUUCCAGCAGAUGCAGCAACAGAUAGAUGAGCUAAGGUCAUCAGUAGACCGAAGGGACAAGGAAAAUGAUGUACUCCGAUCUCAUUUAGGUCUGGAUCAGGACACCCAGAUUGAUUCCCGGGAUUUGCCCUACUUGCAUGACCUUCAAAAUGAGCUGCACAAACUGAAGGCACAACUCAAGGAGGUUCUCCAUGCUAACGAACUGCUCAAGAAGCAGAUUAACAUCAGUAGUCAGACAGAUGACUACCCUGCAGGGUUCAACCCAAGUCUGAUUAUUGACAUGGCAAGGGAGCUUGAGGCAUUGAAAUCAGAGCUUGAAAAAUCCAGGAAGCUCAUUGCAGAGCAGAAGAGAGUGACAUUUGAUACAAAUGGAGUGAAAUCUUCCAGAAUUCCAAGUUGGAAUGAUGAUGCGUGUCAUUCAGAAUUAGGUAUGAUUGACGGUGCAUCGAACUCCAGUGGGAUGGGAUCAGGAGUGUCACACAGCAGCAACCAGUCAGUCAAGAACCAUGGUAGAAAGGGCUCUCAGAUUCCUCGGCUGAAGAACCACCAGCCAGUGACAUCAAACACCACCCAUGAGAAUCAUCCUGUGAUCCUCCAGAGGCAGCUGCAGGAUGCUGCAGACCACAUCAAGCAGCUGGAGAAGACCCUGGCUGCGACGGAGGAAACAGUCAGGUACCAGUCUCAGAAAGUCAAGUACUACAGGGGACUACUGAAGGAUGCUGGAAUUGUGCCUCUGCAGGACUCUCGGUCACAGAGCGAGACCUGCCUCACCAGACUGUCCGGGAACAAGUCAUGGACAGGCUCAGUGGAGAACCUGGCUGCUAGGAAUACUCAGGAUGGAUUGAGUCCAGUGAGGGUUUUAAGUCUGGAGUCUGUGAAGGAAUAUGGCAACACAGACAAUGUGUAUGAGUUGAAGCAUCAGAUCAAGGACAUGCAGGAGAAGCUGGAGAAGUCCCUGGGGCUGAGUCACCGAUACAACAGUGCAUCGGGCAGCAGUGAGAGACUGGCCAGUCCAGCAAGGAGGUCCUUGUCUCCUUCUUUAGGAAAGUUCCGCACUCAGUCGACAGACAAUGUCGCUCAAGUGUGUCAGAUGUCUGGAAGUCUGGAGAAGCUUCAGAGACAAGUUUGGAGUCUGGAAUCUCAGCUCCAGGAAAGCAAGAAGCUCAAUUCAGAUCUGCAGCUGAGGCUGAAAGAGUUACAGAACUCACAACCAGGCAAGGGUGUUAACAGUCAUCCCGUCCGACAACCCAGCCUUGCUGAUCGAGGAACGUCACCACUGUCAAACAAGGAAAAUUAUCCAUCUUCUCGAGGAGGCAGUGAUAUUCCAGCCUUGCAGACAGACUCAGGGGAGGACUACAGGCAUGAAAUCGCAUCUCUCCGUAAGCAGCUACAGGACAGUCAGAAUGUCAACACGCUGCUCAAGGACGAGCUGGAGGAGCUGAGUCACUUCCUGUCGGAGCUGAUGGUGCAUGACCAAAAUGGACACAGCUCUGAUGUCGGACUGGCUGACAUCAACAGCAUCAGGUCAAAGCUAAAUCAAAGUCUGGAUGUCUUGAGAACAACUACCUCAGACAUUUCAGUACUAGAGCCCCAGUCUGGGCGAGGCAGGGCGGCAGGGGGCGUGGCCACCAGUAUGUCCGACUCCUUCCUCCAUGGCAAGUACCAGGAAGCUCUCCACAGCAACCAACAGCUGCGACAUCAGCUGGCACAGCUUCAGGACAUGUACCAGAAGAACUUGCAUUCCAAGACAGCCGAAGUUCGUCAACUUCAGCAAAUCUCCGAGAGGUUCCAACAGGAACUAGAAGCAGCUGGGAAACUCCGCGUUGGUGAGGCAGACGGAAGUCCACUGUCUCAGAAACGUGUUUCAGCUGUUCGGAAACUGGGAGGUUCUGACACCCUUGACUCCAGCAGUCCUUGUGACGGUCUUCCACAACCCUCCUUCCCCCCACUGUCUCGGGUCCCUGCUGGGCUCUGUAAGAGUGGCAGCAUGGAGUCUGAUGAUAUAGCAGACAUACACAAGCAGACGGAUGAGAACUAUGGGCGGCCAUUACGUGACUCUGCUGGUGACUCCUGUGUGGAGCAGCUGAGGCAGAGUACUGGCAGUGAUGACAGGCAAGAUACACUGGGUCUGGAGCUCGGUGGCGAGGAAGACUUGGAGAGGAUGAGGCACAGAACUGGUAGUGAUAACAGGAGGGACACUCUUGGCCUGGAGCUCGGAGUGGAGAAGGACGAUGUCCUUGAGAGGAUGCGACACCGGACAGCCAGUGGAGCAACUAAUGAACUGUCUUCUGUCCACUCAGCUGGUGGAGAUAUGUCAGUGUUUAAAUCACCCAAAAGUAUCAGUCCAGAGAAAUUAUCAUUCCAGAGAAAGGUGAUGGAGAGAGAUAGUGUAGACUUCCCCUUGUAUUCCAACCAGUCCGGACUGAGGUUCUGUGAUAUGACGCUCAACCCGUCUCUGGAGGACCGGACAGAGGAGGCACGGGACUUCAUGGACAGUUCAGGGACAACCAGUAAGAAGUCCACUACAUUCAAGAUGUCCGACUGUGAUAGUGACUUGGUGAGUUCCAGGGAGCGCAGUCAGACACCACUAAACAAUGUGGGACAGCUACAGGCCCGGUUAGGUGCCAUGGAAGAUCUCAACAAGACUCUCAAAGAUGAACUGAGUAUCUAUGAGACUUUGUGUAAAUCUUUUGGCAUCCAGAACACCCCACAGAAGUCUCAAGGAGAGGCAACAUCUCCUGUAAAGACAAAUAUAGAUUCACUGUCCCUGCGAGAGCAUCUGGUCGAGAUCCGAGCCAUGAGACAGAAGCUGGAGCAGGGUCUGGAGCAUAGUGACAGGAUGAGGGAUGAGCUGCUCAGCCGCCUGGAGAAGGCUGGAGGUUAUUUACACCACGACUGUGACCUGAAGGUGCAUGAGCUGGAGCGCACCAUCCAGCAGCUGCAGCAGAAGCUGGCCGCCUCUCACACCAACGUCACCGAGAAGAUCUACAUCAUUGACGAGCAUGAGAAGGUGAUCCAGAACACCAGGGUCAUCAUCGAACGACAGCGGCAGGAGAUGGACGAGAAGGAGAAGGUGAUAGAGAAGCUGAGACGCAACAUGGAAGAGACGCAGUCAGUGAUGGGGAGGCAUAAGAAGGAGCUUGCUGAGAAGGACAAGGUUAUUGAAAGUAUGAGGCACAAAGUGGAAGAAUCACAGCAUGCGACAGCCAAACACAAGAAGGAGCUUGCAGAGAAGGAGAAGACGAUCAUGGAAAGGGAGAAGACAAUAUCAGAGCGGAACAGACCAUCAGUGAGCGGGAGCAGACGUAUCAGAGGCUGCAGCAGAAGAAGGAGAAGAUGGAGGCCAUGUUGAAGAAAGCUUCGAAGGAGAUCAAGAGAUUGAACCUUGAGGUGGGAGACUUGAGGGACAGAGAGGAGGAGAAGGCAGAGCUGAACAAGACUCUGCGACUGGAGCUUCAGCGUGUAUGAGAAACUGCAAGGUGGUGAGCAAGAGAACCGACGAGAAGUCCUGCAUCCGGGAGCUGCUGACAGAGAUCCGAGGCUGAGGGUCCAGCUGGAACGAAGCAUCGAUGCCAAUGACACCCUGCGAUCCAAACUGGAGGAGAUCCUCCGACAACAGCUCCAACAACAGCAGCAGCAACAGCGCAACAAGAGCCCCACUGGUUCUCACACCACUGAUGCACCAGAUGGACGACCCAGCCCCGAGUCUACGUUGAGACCAGAGAGGAAGUCUGAUUCCAAGACGAAAGACACGUACAUUCGAACGUACCGAUCAGACAAAGAGUACAAGUACAGUGUAAUCACCCGUGAGGCAGGUCUCCAUGAAG